AGAAAAUUAAUCAACUCGAACUUGUCACAAUGGCGACUAGCAAUGAAUUAGCCUGUGUCUCUACUUCAACGAACUUAACAAUCCCACCAUGGAAGUAUCAUGUCUUCUUGAGUUUCAGAGGAGAAGACACACGCAGAGACUUCACAGCUGAGUUACACAAUGCUCUGAAAGAAAGGUGUAUCAGAACUUUCAUAGAUUAUGAUAUAAGGAAAGGGAAAGAUAUCAGCCCAGAACUGAUUCAAGCAAUUGAAGAGUCUCUCUGUGCCAUUAUCAUAUUCUCUAAGGAUUACGCUGCUUCAACUUGGUGUUUGGAUGAGCUCUCAAAGAUUGUUGACUGUAAAAAGGCUUGGAGCCGAUUCGUUUUCCCAGUGUUCUAUAACAUAGAUCCAUCUGAUGUACGACAUCAAAGAGGAACUUUUGCUGCUGCGUUUCAACAACAUUGUGAGAUAUUUACUCAAGAACAGGUGCAAAAAUGGAGAAAUGACUUGAAAGAAGUGGCAAAUAUAAGUGGCUAUCAUUGGAUUGAUGGGAAUAAAGAGAACAACAUUAGAAAAAUCGUUACAGGAGUAUGGGGGCAGAUCAGUCAAAUACCAUUUGUACUUCGAAAGUUGAAACAUGAAGAAGUUAUCAAGGGGGUGGGACAUCCUCAAGCGAUAAAUUUUCUGUUUGACCUUGACCUCUCUGGUAAGAGUUUGCCAUUCAUGGAUUUCAGCUAUGCUGGUUUUAAAGAUGUUAGAAUGGUGCAAACAAACCUAGAUUGCACAAAAUUUUUGUUUAUUUGUCAGGAUGUUAAUGUUGAAGAAUGCAUUUUCGACUGCUCAAAUUUCCCUCGAUGUCAAUUUAAUCGAGCCACUUUUCGUAGAGUUUCACUGAAUAAUGCUGCUCUUCAGAACUCAACACUAGAAGAUGCUUGCUUGAUAAAAUGUUCCUUAGUUGGAGCAGUCCUGACUUCUGCAAUUCUUAAGAAUGCAGUUCUUAGUGAUGUCAAUUUAGAAGGAGCCAUCCUAAAAGGAGCUAAUUUAGAGGGUGCAAAGUUGUACAAUCCUAACUUGAAGGCUGCAAAUCUUGAAGGAGCCAAUCUUCCAUAUGUUAACCUUUCAGAUAUGGAUUUACGUGAUGUGAAUUUCAACUUUGCAUGUCUUGAACAUGUCUCAUUUUUACGUGCAAACCUUUUAUGUGGAAAGUUCCGGCAUGUUAAUGCCAAGGGCUCCAUCUUUGACUUUGCAAAUUUGCGUCGAUGUGAAUUUAACAAGGCAAAUCUACAUGGAGCUUCAUUAAAAUUUGCCAUCCUUGAGCAUGCAAAUCUAAAUGGGGCAGAUCAGUCAAAUACCAUUUGUACUUCGAAAGUUGAAACAUGAAGAAGUUAUCAAGGGUGUGGGACAUCCUCAAGGGGUAAAUUUUCUGUUUGACCUUGACCUAUCUGGUAAGAGUUUUCCAUUCAUGGAUUUCAGCUAUGCUCGUUUUAAAGUGUUAGAAUGGUGCAAACAAACCUAGAUUGCACAAAAUUUUUGUCAGUAAGCGAUUACGGACAAAUCUGUUGAGGAGACUAUGGUUUCAAUCAUAUCAGAGAAUUUUCCCUCGCAUGCAAUGCAAGUAUAUAAAUUGUCUUAUUUUUACAGAAUUUUUAUCUAUUUCUUGGAAAUUGAAGAAGAAAAUGAUUUAUCAAAGAAUUCUUUAUUACAUUUUUUGUCUAGAUUUUCAACAAAAAUUGCAGUUAUGGAGUGGAAAAGGACCGGAAGUGUAGAGAAAAAAAUGCAGAGUAUGUUAAGCUUUCUAAUGUAUUAGGAUUGGGUAACAAUUAUACGGCACCCUCUUCAUUGCUCUUCUGCAAAAUGACAGACCAGUGAGGAUCUCUGUUGCCACCUGGUUGCGUGUGGAAUGGGACAUUAUCGUUACUUGUGUCUUAAUUAGUACUCCCGUGCAUUGCGGGAUGUAGAAUCUAGUUUUUUUUUUUUUUUUAGUGAGCUUUUUUUUUUUUUCCUUUUUUUCAACUACAAGAAGUUGUAAUUAAAAGUUGUAGUAUAAUUUUUGCACUCAGAUGGUGGUUCAUCAAAAGUUGUAGUAUUAAAAUUAUCAUCAGAAGAUUGUUAGGCAAACCAAUCCACACAUUUAUUAGUUUCUCUAUCCAUGUUCUUAAUCUCUCAUGACAAGUCCUAAUCUUGUCAAGGGGAUGGUUCAUGGCCAGGUUGCUCUGAAUGAUUGCUCUGACUUACUAUAGUGAGCUUUCUUUUUCUUCUUUACGU